CACACGGUGGCGUAGGAGGGUUCCAGAGCCAAGGCAUUAUCACAGCGUCCCCAAGCCCCGGAUUCCGCGACAGCGCUCAGCCUCCGAGCCUGAACGUACAACAAGCUGCACAGAGAAGCGCUACAGGCCGCCAGGGCCACCCGCACUUCGAUAUAAAAGCAAGGACGACCCACAAGAAAAGGAAAAGGAAAGACCCCUCAGCGGCGCGAGACCCAAGAGACGCAAGACACCGCACUUAGACACGGCCUCCCUGGCCGGAAGUGAGGAGCAUUGGCUCCGCCCCCCGAGUUCGGUACCUCGCGAGACUUCGCGUAGGCUUCCUUCUUUCGUUUCGGCCGCCGACAUGCCGUCCAGACUGAGGAAGACCCGUAAACUUCGGGGCCACGUGAGCCACGGCCACGGCCGAAUCGGCAAACACCGGAAGCACCCGGGAGGCCGGGGAAAUGCUGGUGGUCUGCUUCACCACAGGAUCAACUUUGAUAAAUAUCACCCAGGUUACUUUGGGAAAGUUGGUAUGAGACAUUACCACUUAAAGAGGAACCAGAGCUUCUGCCCAACUGUCAAUCUUGAUAAACUGUGGACCUUGGUCAGUGAGCAGACACGGUUAAAUGCUGCCAAAAACAAGACUGGAGUUGCUCCUAUCAUUGAUGUGGUGCGAUCGGGUUACUACAAAGUUCUGGGAAAGGGAAAGCUCCCAAAGCAGCCUGUCAUCGUGAAGGCCAAAUUCUUCAGCAGAAGAGCUGAGGAGAAGAUUAAAGGUGUUGGGGGUGCCUGUGUCCUGGUAGCUUGAAGCCACAUGAAGGGACAUUCAUUAAAUGAUGAUACGUGCUUUUCUCUUCUGGUA